UCGGUAUUGAACUGUUCAAUCAGGAUGACAGUGAAACAAAUCAAAAAAUUAAAUAAUUUUCAACUAAUUUUAUUGGUUUUGCCAUUGAUUAGCCCAUUGAAUGCCAUCGAAUUCAGUAUACCCGAUGUAUUGGGUUCGAUGGUGAAUUUGGGUGUCAGUUUUGUUGAUUCAAGUAUUUUGCCCACGGCUAAGGGUAUAUUUGAGAAUAGUAAAAAUUUAUUAGCCGGCUAUCCCUUUCAGGUUGUUGCGAGUUCAAUAAAUGCCAUUUGCUCACAGGCAGUGGGCACAAAUAAUGUUAAAUCGAAAUAUACUCCCGACAUAAGUAAAAUGAGCUUUCAACUUCGAACGGCAUGCACUAAGCAAAGCUAUCCAUUAUUAAAUCCGGAGGGUCUGUGGAAGAGCAAAGAUUUUGAUCCCAACAAGAAAGUUGUCAUCUUGGCCACUGGCUGGACAACAACGGUCAAUGGCUCCGAUACCAUAGAUCUCUUCUCCAAGGCCUAUAGUUGUCGCGGCGAUGUCAAUUUCGUGGCCAUUGAUGCUGCCCAGUUUGUGGAUACCCUGUACUCGUGGUCGGCCUUCAAUACGGGGGAGAUCGGUGCGAUAAUUGCUCGUAGCCUGGUCAAGCUUUUGGAUGUGGUGCCAGUUGGCAAUAUCCAUUUGAUUGGCCAUAGCUUGGGUGCACAUAUUGUUGGCGCUACUGGAAGGUUUUUGCACGAAUAUACGGGACAACGGAUACCUCAUAUCACUGGCCUGGAUCCGGCCAAGCCAUGUUUCAAUGAGGGCGAAACUCUGUCGGGUCUAAUGCGUGGCGAUGGGGCAUUUGUUGAUGUCAUUCACAGCAAUUCGGGAGUCCUGGGCAAACGUGAACCCUUGGGCGAUGUGGAUUUCUAUCCAGAUGGAACCGGACCCUUGCCAAGUGGCUGCCUUACCGCCAUCUGUGCUCAUUCCCGCUCCUGGCAAUACUAUUUGGAGUCCAUCUAUCCGGGCAAUGAGCUCAACUUUAUGUCAGCACAAUGCAAUUCGAUAUCGAGUCUUCGGGACAAACGUUGUCCUGGAGUGCUGCAGCCAAUGGGCUAUGCCGUGCCGCAUUUUCUCAAGGGUAGCUAUUUCCUGGAGGUGAAGUCGAGCGAACCGUUUGGCUAUGGAUCAUCCGAAAAUAGAACGGCUGAAUAUAAAAACUGUGGUCUAUGUCCCACCAGCUGAGCUAGUUAGGAGUUAAGGAAGGUUGUCUUUUCUUUUUCGUAUUUUUUUGUGUUAUGCUAUCUAUUAUAAUGCUUGCUGUUGACGUCUUGCUUGACCUGGCCAAGACGUUGACAAUUCAAUUAAAA